UAACCUGUGCUGGAAUAUACUGAUAUCCUAUGUGAAGGUACAAUAAUCUGCAAAAUGAUUGUAGAUGAUCAUGUUGCAGUGCGCUAUUAUUGUAAAAUGCGGCAUUUAGGUUCAACAUAUUAAGUUUUACGAAUCGCAAAUAGUAAUGUAAAGCAUGUUUCUUGUGGUUGACUGUGAUAUUCAGGAGAAAGGUGAUAUUUUCCUUGCAGUUUAUCACCACUUUAUGAAUGUGUUCCGUUAACGAUUAGUUCAAUGACAGAGAUGGUAUAUCUGAUAUCACCGUUAAAGAAUGAUUGGAAAACAAAAAAGAAAGGGAAUUACCAAAUGGUUGGCAAUAUCGAUUUUACUGGCUCUGGUUUCUGUGACAACCAUUUUACAGGCAUAUUCGUUUCUUGGUGUCUCCACAAGGAUUGCUUCGACACACAAGUAUAUAAAAAGUCAUAUAACUAAUCGAAAACAGAAUACAAGUAUGGUCACAGAAAAUGCAUCGAUUCAAAAUGAUAAUAUUUUUAAGUAUCUAGAAGUUAAACCAGUAAAAUCUACAUCGACGAGGAAUAUAUUCACGUAUAACAUCCCAGAAUACAACACAAAAAGUGUAAACAUUACACCAAAAGCGUUGUCGAAUACAUCGCAAAAGAAAAUAACUCAUAUUGGAUUUUUAAAAGUCCAUAAGGCCGGUUCAACAACUAUGCAAAAUAUCUUCUUCCGGUUCGGUCUAAAGUAUAAUUUAACAUUUGUUCUACCAGAAAAAGGACACUACUUCCUUAGUACAAAGUCAGCAAUGCCAGUGGCACCUGGAAACCAUCGCGAUAUUUUGGCUUGCCAUUCUGUAUACAGCCGGAAUUUGUUUGGAUCAGUGCUUCCGGAAGAUACGGUAAAUAUCGGAAUCAUUCGGGAACCCUUGGAACGUAUGAUAAGUGCCGCGUAUUAUUACAGGGACGUGUGGAAAUCUCCAUUACUUGUUAAAGUUCCUAGAUUAAACUUCAUUCACAAUCUUGUCAAUCGGCCACAUCUAUAUGAAUUGAAACCGUUUACUAAAACAAAAAACGCAAUGGGACAAGAUUUCGGGUUUUCUCCCACAACUUCAAUUAACGAUACGGACUAUAUUAAAAAGCAUCUUGAUUUGUUGAAAAAAGACUUUAAACAGGUCCUUGUAAUGGAAAGAUUUGAAGAAUCUCUUAUACUUAUGAAAAGAACUUUGAACUGGGAUCUAGCAGACGUCAUUUAUUUAAAAACAAACAGUCACGCCCAUCAGCCCGUUAUAUUAACUCCUUAUGAACUUGAUAAAUUUAAAUCCACGUGUUUCCUAGAUUACGCUGUAUAUGAAACAUUUUACGAAAUUUUUGAUAAAAAAAUAGCGGCUGAAGGUCCUGACUUUAUAAAUGAAGUGGAACAUUUUAAAUCAGUGCUUCAGUUAGUAAAAGAUUUCUGCGAAUUGGGAACAAGAAAACUCCUGAAAAUAGCCCAGUCUGCAUGGAACGAACCUUUUGAAGUAACAAAACAGGAUUGUCUAUAUAUGCAAAUGAAGGAAUUAAAAUUUGUUGAGUUUCUUAAAAGACGACAUAGAGAAUUAAAUAUCAUGUACGACCUUAUGAAGAAUUACGAUAGAAAUGAUGUUUUACGGGCUCAAAGAUUUAUGUCAAAACGAACACGGCCCGUACAUCACAUGUGGAAAACCAUUUGAAAGAUAGUAUCUCAAACAAUUAGCUUCGGUUGGAAUUUAACAAAAAAAAAAACAACGUUUAAGGACGAGAAGAGAUGUCAGUUUAGUUUAUACCACAGUUACUGUCCAAUGGGAUGACAAUCGUUAAAAGACUAGAUUUCACUCUGUUUUAUUAACGUUUCGGCCUUAUCUUUAUACCUUUAUUAAGAAUAUAUUGUACGUCUUGCCUUUCA